CUGAGGGCCUGCAUUUCCUAUGAUACGUUGAGGACGCUGUGCCUUUUGGGAAAUGAAGUCUUUUGGUUAUUUAUUUUAUUAUUUUAUUUUUUUGAAGAGCACACCGCUCACCUGGACACAGGCCCUCACAUCUCGAAAGAUCGAGGUGUUCGGAGACCCAAGGUCCUGUAUGUGGAGCGGGAAUUUCAGGGUGGGACCCUCCUGAUGUGGAGCGAGGCUGCUGGGAUCUCAGUGGACUAUAUACUGCCAACUCGUGCGGUCCUCAGGCUCGCACUCCUCAGCCACAACCUACCUGGGUGGGCCUUAUUUGGAACAGAGAGGAUGUGGGGGCUCCCGGCGUCCCAACUGUUGGAUGUGGGGACACACUGAGGGAAGAGUGUUGAUGAGGGUGUCUAGGGUUCAAAGGUCAGAGAUCCGGCUUGCGAGGAGUUGGGGAGGGGGCAUCGAAAGUCAACCUGGUCAGCGACUGACAACUCAGGGAAGAUAUUUAUGGGUAAGGGGCUUGAGGAAGGAGAAAUGUAACCGGCCUGGCAGACUUCUUAAGAGACGGACUGUAGCUGCAAGCUCGGUAAGAAGCAGCAAGAGCAAGAGGACGAAUGUAGUCUCUCGAGAGUGGGGAGACUGAAGAGAGACGAGAGAAGAGAAAACGAAGUCUCUGAACAUCCCUUCCUUUAGUUCGGCUAAACUGUUACUUAGUUGGGCUUUCCUCAGUUGUGACUCUAGGUCUUGGCAGUGAGGAGAUGGCUUCUCCCUCCAGACAGCCUCCCCUCGGGGGGUCAGGGCUGUUGCACGGAAGCCGUACACGUUCUUAUGGAAGCCUGGUACAAUCAUCCUGCUCUCCCGUGAGGGAAAGACGCCUGGAGCAUCAGUUGGAGCCUGGAGACACCCUGGCUGGAUUAGCACUCAAAUACGGGGUGACGAUGGAACAGAUUAAGCGUACCAACCGCCUUUAUACUAACGACUCCAUCUUCCUGAAGAAAACACUCUACAUCCCCAUCCUGACAGAGCCCAGAGACCUAUUUAAUGGUUUGGAUUCUGAGGAGGAAAACGAUGAAGAGGAAGAGGCAUGCCGGAGUAAGGAUGAGAUUGGUUCAUCUUCAGGGAAGAGGACGGGUCCAGGGUCAGGUUUAGGUCGGCCCAAUGGCGCAGGCGUCCGAGCUCACCAGGAAACCUCCACACCCAGCCAUGACCUUUCUGCCUCUGAUUUCCUUAAGAAGCUUGACUCACAGAUCAGCCUGUCAAAGAAGGCUGCUGCCCAGAAGCUAAGGAAAGAGGAAAGUGGGGUACCUGAGGAGGAUGCCGGGCUCUACUCGAGCUCUCCUCGCAUGCAGCAGCGAGCAGUGCUAGGUCCUGUGCCGCUCACCAGGACGUCUCGGACCCAGACACUGCGCGACCAAGAAGAUGAAAUCUUCAAACUCUGAGGGCCCCAGAACUGAUGAGUGAAGCAGGUGCUGAAGGAGCAGCCGAGGGGGGAGGAGGCUGAGGUGAGCUCUGGCAAAGCUUCCCAGCCUGCCUCACGCCCCAGCUGGGGACACUUACUGGCAAGCGUGGGGAGUGGGAGCAGACCUCUUCCCAGUUCUUGGGCUGAGUCUAGAGUGAGCCUUUAGCUUCAAAGGCUCUUUUAAGCCCUCACUGUCCCUUUGACCACUCCCGGGCCUUAGAGCAGGGAGGCAGAGCCCCCUCCCCAUCUCCAGUGAGCUUACCUAAUUUAUUUGGUGCUAUAUUGAAGUAAUAUUUAUUUGCUAUAUCUAACUCCUUUCUCCUUAACUGAGAAAAGGGGUGGGGGAUUUCCACAUCCCUGAAGAUAGGGACCAUGGCUGGCUGCACGAGUCUCUCGGCAUCCCAAGGUAAAGGGUGGGGCGCAGUUGUAACUAAGACUUCCCUACACCUUUUUCCACCCCUUGGCUCUGAGAAGGCAGUGGGGGCGGGGACUGACUAAGCCCCCUUCUUCCCACUCCUCUUGCUGGGGCCACAGAGUGCACAAUGCUUCAGGGGUCAGGAGGACAAUUACAGAGGUGUCUGUCACACACCCUAGCCCGCCUGUCCCUGCUCCUCACUUCAGAGUCACCUGCAGUCUGUACCUGACCUGAGGUUUGUCGUUUUGUUCCUCAAGUAAAGAAACAGGCCUGGUGGCUCAGUGCUGGGAGUCUGCAGUCUCCUGUUCAGGAGUGGGGCAAGGCGAGAGAAGUGUUAUUCUAGACCUCUCCUCUGCGUUUAGCCUGAGUGUGGAGCUGGAGAGAUUAAACAGUGAGCCCUGUG